AGCUCUUCUAGUCAGUCAAGAGAAUAUAUUCGAAGUGAAAAGAUGUUAAUUUCACAUUCUUCGUUUACGGUCUUAAGUUUCGUCUUAGCCUUUGUUUCAUUUUCACUGGGUCAGGAGCCUGAAUACGGAGAAGAGUACGAAUAUGAUGAGCUUGAUGGCUCUACCAUAACACCAUCUGAUCCUUACGGUGGAGGAGGUGGUGGGGGCUAUAGACCCCAUCCAUCGAUAGGAAGACAUUACAUGCCGAGUUAUUAUCGUCCUCCACCACCUCCAAUGCCAAAUUACAAUGAUCCAGAUAUAGUUGCACUGCCAAUGGGAGGAGGCUAUGUUCGGGGAAAGGAAAUUCGUUCAGCAUGGACUGGGAAAAACUUCAAGGCAUUCUUAGGCUUAAAAUAUGGAAGUGUCGGAAGAGGAUUGGAGAGAUUUCAAGCUGCUCGACCACCUCCGAUUUCAAAUGUUAUCAUAGAAGCCACAACUGAACCAAUAGCAUGUCCAUCAAUUCCGGAUUUACUGAAAGUCGAACAAGCUGAACGACAAGGCAUCAAUGUUGAUGAUUGUUUGACUCUGUCGGUUUUUACUCCGAAUGUCUAUUCAGUUCUUCCGGUGAUGAUAUACGUUCAUGGAGAGAUGUUAUUCGAUGGUAGUGCCGAAGAAGCCAAGCCUGAGUAUCUGCUCGAGAAGGACAUUGUUUUAGUUUCAGUGAACUAUCGUCUGGCACCAUUUGGUUUCCUGUCAACUCAAACCGAUGACAUCCCGGGAAAUAUUGCUCUGUCAGAUUUGGAGUUGGCAACUAAGUGGGUUCAGGAGAACAUUGUUGCUUUUGGUGGUAAUCCAAGGAGUGUUACUUUGUUUGGACAGUCUGGUGGGGCUACUUUAGUUCAUGCUUUGAGUUUAAGUCAAAGGGUCAAUCCUGUCUAUUUUAAUAGACUGAUUCUCCAAUCCGGAACAGCUUUAAGUCCACUUUUCAUAGAUGAAGAUCCUCUAUCAACAGCUCGUGCUAUCGGAAGAGAAGCUCGCUGUCCCUAUAACAGUAUUCAUUCACCUUAUGAACUUAACUAUUGUUUGGGACAAAUGAAUACUUCACAACUUUUAACAGCCUUUGGAGAUCAUUGUAAUCAUAACGAAGAUCGUGGAUUAUAUGCAUAUGGAGGCUUUAAACUUGCUGUUGGUGACAAACAUGGUUAUAUUCCAAUGCAUCCGGCUUUGAUGUUGAAUAAUUUUAAGUUUCCUCUUGUUGCGGGAAUGACAAAAGAUGCAGGAGCAUUCAUUUUGACAAGAAAAUUUGAUGAGCUGGUACGAUUAAAUAGCCGAAAUAUAACUGACUACAUCAAUGUAGUUCUCAAAUAUACCACACUUCCAAAACAUUAUUCAACUUGGAGAAAAUGGGCCUUAGACUACAUAUUUACUCCUGAGGAUAUUCAAAACCCAAUUUUAACCAAUUUAGCUAGUGGACUUUUGGAGUUAACUAACCUCAUUUUGUAUAAGGCUCCCUUGAUGGAAUCUAUAAAAUCAGCCUGGCAAGCAAAUGCAACUUAUUUGUAUAGUUUUGAUUAUCGUGGUCAGUUCCAUCGAUUCCCGAAGAGACGAACACAUUUUCCGUACGAAGUCGAUGCCAAUUUAAGUGACGAAAAUAUUUACUUAUUCCCCUAUCCCGAAGAAGUAAGCCGUUUAAAUAGCUUAGAUCGUAGUGUCUCACAAUUGAUGGUAACAAUGUGGACAAAUUUCGCUAUCUCUGAAAAUCCCGAUCAAAGGUUAUGGCCUCGAAUGACCAAUCAACAUGGACCGUUUGUUAGGAUUGGCAGAAGUUUGGAAUUGGAUUAUCAUUUUGGUGAUGGUGUUGCGUCACCAGAUUUAUAUGCAGAAUUGAGAAAGUCAAUGAAUACAACAAAUACUCCUUUGUAUGUAAGGUUUGGAUAAGUUAAUCAUAAUAAGUUUUUGAAAUAAAGUUCGAUAUGUUGAUGAACGAUACAAAUAUCUCUAAACAUUUGAAAAAGUAGGUUACAUCGUUCUAUAUUAUAUUUUGUA